AUGACGAUUGCAACCAAUUCUUCUGUCGGCAAUGGUGACAUGCUGCACUUCAACCCUGUUUCUUUAUCAAAUGAGGACCUAGAAUGGGCUGAUCUCAGCAUAAUCGAUAUGUCAACGUACGACCAAGGACCCGAGGCCCGGCAAGCGCUCGCCAAGCAGGUUCACGAUGCGAUGACUACGGCUGGCUUCAUGGUUCUCGUCAACUACGGAAUUUCGGAGGAAGAAAUUCAACGUCAAGUCGACAUUGCCCACACUAUGUUUGAGCGAACAUCUACCGAAGAGAAGACUAAGCUACUAUCGCCUAUUAAGGAAAUCGGGCGCUACCGAGGGUUCAAAAUGAGAAAGUACUGGGAAUUUGAGCACAACGUCACAGACCGAAUCGAACACUUCAACUGGUAUCGGGAUAUGAAGUCUCAGGAAUUUCCCAAGGCUAUGGAGAAUUUCCUACCUGAAGUCGGCAAAUUCAGCGACACCGUCCACAAGGAUGUCCUGUACAAAUUAUAUCGUCUAUUUGCUUUAUCGCUCGAGCUUCCGAGCGAAACUUUCGUCGACAAACACAGGUUCGAGCUUCAUGACGAAUCGUGGUUCCGAUAUAUGGCGUACUACGAUGAGUUUAGUCCUGAUGAGGAGGCCAAACUCGGCGGUGUGUGGCUCAAGGGUCACCAGGACUUCAACACACUGACUCUCUUAUUUUCUCAGCCCAUGGCCUCCCUCCAAGCCCUGGAUGAUGCCGGCAAUUGGAAGUAUAUCAAGCACAUUCCCGGUAGUCUCGUCGUCAACUGCGGUGCUUACAUGGAGUGGUACACUGGUGGAUUGUACAAAGCAGCCAAGCAUCGCGUCCACGCCCCACCCAAAGAUCAGCGAAACCGCACUCGGCUGGGAGUGUUCUACUUCAAUGUUCCUAACGACGAAGAGAGACCUAACACUUUGCUGGAAUCGCCAGUGCUUCAGAGAGCGGGCAUCACGAAAAGAAUCUUCGAGCUAGGCAAGGAGCCAGUCAGCAAAGACUACGCUCACGCCCGGAUUGCCAACACGGGAAAAACUGCCGGGUGGAAAACGGCUGCCGGUACGGGUGGCGUGGAGUAUGAUAUUAUCGGUGGUAUCAAAGUCCCUCUGUACAGCUAG